GUUUAGUUGUGUGUGUGUGUGGGUUUUUGCAUUCCAAUUUGUCCUCAUGACAUGUUUACCCUAACUAAUUAAAUACUCGCAAGACAUAUAAAGCUGUUGUUUUUGAAGUGUACGGUAUAUAUCCAUACAUGCAAACGCUCUUUCUUACUGUGUUUAUUUUGUAUUUUGCAUUGUUGGAUAUAUUGGAUUGUGGUUUACAUGUCUGCCCUUGUUUUGUGUGUGUGUCCACAGGCCUGAUGUGGAUAUACAAUAGUCUGGACAGUUACGUGUUUCUGCAGUAUCUGGCCUGGGUCAUCUACCCUGUACUCCUCAUCUGUUUCUCUGCCGGGUUCGUCCAGUUUCUCGCCCCCCCAGCUGCUGGUUCAGGUAUUCCAGAGAUGAAGGCCAUCCUGCGAGGAGUUGUGAUGAAGGAAUACCUCUCCUUAAAAACUUUUGUGGCCAAAAUCAUUGGCCUCACCACUGCUUUGGGCAGCGGCAUGCCCCUGGGCAAGGAGGGUCCGUUCGUACACCUCGGCGGUUUGUGCGGUGCUGUUCUAAUGAGGUUCAUGUCUCUGUUUGGGGAAAUCUAUGAGAAUGAUUCAAGAUACAUUGAGAUGCUGGCAGUGGCCUGUGCUGUGGGAGUGGGCAGCUGUUUUGCUGCCCCCAUAGGAGGUGUGUUGUUCAGUAUUGAAAUAACAUCCCAGUUAUUUUCGGUGAGAAGCUAUUGGAGAGGUAUCUUUGCUGCUACCAUCGGUGCCUUCAUCUUCAGAGUACUGGCUGUGUGGAACACUGACGCAGAGACAGUCACAGCCCUUUUGAGAACCAGUUUCCGGCUAGACUUUCCGUUUGGCCUCCAGGAGCUUCCUGCCUUCGGUGCCCUUGGUAUUGCCUGCGGUUUUGGUGGGGCUUUGUUUGUCUAUCUGAACGGAUUGAUUGUCCGGUUCAUCAAGAAACAGAAGGCCAACAAUGGAUUCCUCAUGAAAAAACAUCUGCUGUAUCCAGCGCUGGUCACUUUACUUAUUUCUACACUAACAUUUCCCCCUGGCUUUGGCCAAUUUAUGGCUGGAAAGCUGAACAUGAUGGAGACUAUGGAGGCAUUACUGGACAACCGGACGUGGGCUAAACAGGGCAUCGCUGAGGAGGCUGAACACAUGGGACACUCUGAAGCCUGGAUAAUCCCGCAGGUCAACGUCUUCGUCACCCUGGGCCUCUUUACUUUCAUGAAGUUCUGGAUGUCUGCCCUGGCCACCACCAUGCCAGUGCCCUACGGAUCCUUCAUGCCAGUAUUUGUCAUUGGGGCAGGUUUUGGUCGUCUGGUUGGAGAAGGCAUGGCAACCUGGUUCCCAGAUGGCAUUCACACAAAUGGCACCAGCUACCCCAUUGUGCCAGGAGGCUAUGCUGCCGUGGGUGCAGCAGCCUUGUCGGGAGCGGUCAGCCACUCGGUUUCCACUGCAGUCAUCGUGUUUGAGAUGACUGGCCAGAUCACCCACAUCCUGCCAAUUAUUAUAGCAGUGAUCCUGGCCAACAUCGUGGCACAGUCCCUUUCUCCCUCUCUCUAUGACUCACUCAUCAGGAUCAAGAAGCUGCCCUACCUCCCAGAGCUGGGCUGGGGACACCACGAAAAGCAUGAUAAACACGUGGAGGACAUGAUGGAGCGGGACGUGCGGUACAUCACACUCAACUGCAGCUACAGAGACCUGUAUAAUGUGCUACUGAAGGGUCACGACAACACUGUGGCACUAGUAGAAUCAGCUGAGUCCAUGAUCCUGUUGGGCUCCAUCGAGCUUGCCCAGCUCCAGGCGCUGCUCUCCCUGCAGCUUGGCCGCCCCUUACGAUUAGAGAACAUCAGGGAACGAGCCGUCGAGGAUAAGAAAUGCCCGUUGGUCGUGUCAAACAGCAGUGAGAACAGCAGCCACCGGGCCAGUCAGGAGGUCCGCUUCCAGAUCUCUGAGGACUCAUCCUUAAGCCCUACUCGUCCAGUCCCUCAGAAGCCUCUCAAACCUGCACUGAAGAGACCCUCUGUGGUGGAGCAACCCACCGGUCCACAUGAUCAUUCGGGCAUUGCUUUCAAGAACCCGUACGGCACCAUUCCAGACCUGGAGGACAACGUAGAUGUGGAGGAUGACAUGAGUAUUAGAGAGAUUACAGAGUUGGAGGAGAAGCAGCUUGAUGAGAAGGUUAAUUUCAACAACUGCAAGAUCAAGGACGUCACGAUCCAGCUGGUGGAGCGCAUGUCGCUGCAUAAGACCCACACCAUCUUCUCCGUGCUGGGCCUCGACCACGCCUACGUCACCAGCAUCGGACGCCUCGUGGGGGUGGUUUCCAUCAAAGAGCUUCACAAGGCCAUUGAGGGCUCUGUGAAAGUGGAGGGUGCGAAGGUGCGUCCUGCUCUGGCCAGCUUCCGGGACAAGGGCAAAAUCAGCAGCAAGAACGAAACCAUCGAUGUCCAUAAGCUGAGGGAUCGCCUCCGAAGCAUGCAGCUGCCCCGCGAGCACACCCCCUCCGAGUGAGGGAAAGUAGAGGAGGAGGAGGAAGAAGAGCAGGUAGAGGAGGAGGAGGAGGCAUUGAGAUCUUUAAUCUCACAAAGCCACACAAAUUCCAAAAUCCUCGGGGCUUAGGAUCAAUAUUUAAUUAUGGAAAAGGUCUUUCUGCUACUUACUCUCCACUAUCUACUUUGCUUCAUGGUAGACUCAUGUUGGUUGAUUCCAACAAGGUACUAGGAAUAAGUUGAGAUCUUUAAAAAGGGAUUUUUUCUUUUAGCAGACUUUGUUUAGCUUGUGUAUCUUUAGAGUUGAGUUCAAAGUUUGGACCUGCAAAAGUUUUCUUUUGAAAAAGUCUUCCACUUGAGUAUCGAAAUUCAGCAAUGAUGACAAGGAAGAAUAAUGUGUGUGUGUACUGUACUUCAAGUGUGAGUGUAUGAAUAUAAGAAAAUGUGAGUGUGCAUGAAGAGGGAGGUAGCAAACGACUAUUUCUUAUA